UCUUCCUGCUCAGUGACGUCAGCACAAACUGCCGCAAACCCACAACAACAACAACGUCGGCGGAGACGCGGACGCUUCGCGGAGGUUUCACGCGUGUCCAAAUCCACGCAGCUGUUCGUGUCCGUGUUCCGUGACACUGAGCGACGAUGGCGGAGCAAAACAUGGAGGCGAAGCUGAAGAACCUUCUGAAGCAGGAGAAGAUCCAGCUGUGGAACCCUCCGUACACCGAGGACGGUGGCGAGCAGCAGGGGGCGCAGCACAUGCAGGAGCUGGUGGAGCGUUACGCUCCUCUGCUGUGUCUGUCUGUGUCAGAGGUAGGUGGCGCUCUGGAGUCCAUCAGAAUCCAGGCGGUGAGGCGAGGGAAAGGAAAUAAGACGUACAGAGAGACACACGUGGCCACGCUGGAGCUGCUGCUGCCCAGAGAGAGCAGGAAGGAUCCAAAGACAAAGAAUUACCUGGAGACGAGACUGGACGUGUCCACUCAGGAGGUGCUAGACAGGAUUGGAAAAGACUUUGACCUCAGAUUCUUCAAACUGAUCCUGAACGGGAAAACUCUGUGUCCAGAGCGGCGUCUGGAUGAGCAGGGAGUGAAGAACCACAGUAAAGUGAUGGUGCUGAAGGUGAGCGACGCUGAACUGAAGCAACAGAUGAGAGAAGAAGAGCAGAAGAAGAAAGAGCAGAGUGAGAGUCUGCAGAGGACACACAAGGGUUUCCAGAUCCUGUCAGAGAGAGACGGCAGUGAAGACACACCCUUCCUGGAGAUUGCAGACCAGAGAGGAAACCCACUAAAGAUCCCACCCACUGAGAGGAAGGCUCUGAUCUUGGCCAUGGGUCUCCAUGAGAAAGGUCGCUCUCUGAUGAAGAAGAAACAGUAUGACAGCGCUCUGUGUCACCUGCUGAAGGCUGACCAACAGUUCAGUGUGUGCGACUCAUCCCUACUCAGGUGUGUAGAUAACUUUGCAGUCCUGCAGCUGGACAUCGUGUGGUGUUACCGAGCUCUGGAGGCGCUCAGCUGUCUGGACGACGGCAGGACUCGACUGCAGAGAGCAGAGGACGGAUUCUGUCAGUGUUACGGACAACAGAGAGAGAGACUGCUCCUGAUCCAGGGUAACACAGGCAGAGAAGAAGUGUUGUUCCUGCGUCUCUAUCUCCUCCAGUGUCUCCUCUUCUACAUCGAAGGAAACGAUGCUCAGGCUCAACAUCAGCUGACCAAGGUGGAGUCUCUGUUCGCUCGUCUCUGUCUGGACUCUGACAAAAUGGCGCAGCUCAUGGCGCUGGGUUUCACUGAGCGUGAGGCUCGCCUCGGGCUCCGAGCGUGUGGAGGCGACCUGCAGGAGGCCGCCGCCCACAUCACCAACCGCAGACAGGAGCGUGAGGAGCUGAAGUGGCAAGAGCGUCAGAAGAGGAGGAAGAGGACGGAGGACAUCACCGUCCUCACUGAGCUGGGAUUCUCCCGCAGGGACGCUGCCGCUGCCCUGCACCGCGCCAACGGAGACGUUAACCGGGCCUGUGAGAUCCUGCAGGACGCCAGUCAGGCGGCUCAGGCCACCAAUGACAAUGAGGCGUCCACCGCCAGUCCAGAGAAGGUCAACCAGCUGCAGUAUCUGGGUUUUGACAGAGAAGCGUCCGAGGCCGCGCUGCGUCUGACGGGAGGCGACGUCCAAUCAGCAGCUCAGCUGCUGCUGGACAACAACGGCUUCCUGUCCCCGCCCUCAACCUCAGCCUCCCCCAACUCUGAGGAGCCGUCCACCUCCUCGUCCUCCACCUCUUCCCCAUCCAAAGAGGAUGAGCAGCUGGUCAGUGAAGUGUUGGAGGAUCUCUCUCAUCAUGAGGACGAUUAUCUGGACCUGACUCUUGAGGAGGAGAGCGACCUCAUCAACACCAUGAAGACAUACCUGAACAGAGUGUCCACACACACAGUCUGACACACACACACUCACAGUCAAAGUUUAAAAGUGUACUUUUUUGUGUGAGAAGACUCAGAUCUUUAAACUGAGGCUGUUUGUUCGUAUUUAACUGUGUUUCCAUGUGAUGAUGAUGAUGAGCAGUGGCCUCAUGAUGGACGAUGAAGGUUAAUUUUUUUUUUUUUUUUCUUACCCUUAUUUCCAUUUUUUU